AUGGUUACAGUUGAAAAGUCACUGACUGUUCUUGAACAAUAUGAUGGACGCAAUGAGAGGACAACAUUUGAACAUUCAAUAAGUGUUCCUAUCACUGAUGCGAGGAGUAAAGUGAGGACAAAAGGCGUCUCUGACGCUCAAAACGUGCAGAAUUUUGACAAGAGAUUGUCUAAGGUUGAGGUUACAUUGUCUGAAUUUCGAGCGGACCAUGAUGCAUUGUCUGCCAAGUUCACAGUUGAAGUAACUGAAAUUAAAAAGAUGAUGGAAACACUAUCUGAAAAGGGAUUGUUUGAUGACAUUGAAAGCGAGGUCUGGCCUGACACCACCAAUGAGGUUGUUGAUGCGUUGGUUCCCCAUAUUACUGAUGUUAGUGAUGAAGUAGGAAAUGCAACAUUGAACUACAUUUUUCAUGAGGGACUUGAUGCAGCAUAUGUCACAAUUAUUACCCUUGCAGGGUGUUUAGCAUCAUCAUCUAAUGUUAGAAAGGAUCUAGCAUUAAAGCUGGUUACCCAUCCACACAAUACUAAGCGCGAUGAAAUAAUUGGCAAGUCAUUGAACCUCCUGGAAAUGAAGCAUGCGCGAUGA